UCCUAAUUUUCACAUUUCCUCAAUUUCGCAUUUCGAUGGUUUCUUCAAAAUACAAAAAGCCGGAAAAGCGUGCAAAGGCCAAAACUGUCACGACCCCUGUUGAUCUUCCCGCGAAUCUUUCAGACUCGAAUGAUGAAGGUUCCGAUUCUGAUUCUGAUAAUGGAGGUGUCGAUGAGGAAGGAAUGGAACGUCUCAUGAAGGCUCUAGGAGACGAGGGUUUGGAUGAAUUUGACCAGGCGCGGCUAGUCACUCUCGGUGGUGUCGAGGAGUCAGAUAGUGAGGGUGACGAUGAAGAUGGAAGCGACGAAGAAGACGCCGAGGGCAUUGACGAAGAGAACCACAGUGAAGAGGAGGAAGAACAAGGACAAGAAGGUGAUGACGAUGACGCAGAAGAGGAAGGCGUCGAUGUCGAAGAAGAAGGUAUUGCCCUUGAGGACAUCGAAGAUGUAGACGACGAUGCUGUCCCACGGCAAAAAGUCGAGAUUGACAACCAUGCCGCUCUCGCGCGAAUACGCGAAUCUAUACAAUUGGAUGCCUCACUUCCAUGGACAGAGACACUCGUUCUGUCGUAUCCAGAAACCAUAGAUGUCGACGUGAAUGACGAUCUGAACCGUGAAGUUGCAUUUUAUAAGCAGGCACUACACGGAGCUAAUGCUGGUCGGGUACUUGCGACAAAACACAAAUUUCCAUUCACACGCCCCUCAGAUUACUUUGCCGAGAUGGUCAAAACGGAUGCACAUAUGGAACGGAUACGGCAGCGUCUUUUGGACGAGAGCUCGGGCAUAAAAAAGAGCGAGGAUAAACGCAAGGAAAGGGAGGGUAAGAAGUUUGGGAAGCAAGUGCAGAUCGAAAAACUCAAGGAGAGGGAACGCUCGAAGAAGGAUAUGGAGGAGCGGCUGAAAGGUCUGAAGCGAAAACGAAAGGACGUCCUCGAUAACCCCAAUGCCGAUGAUGAUGCGUUCGAUGUCGCUGUUGAGGAUGCCAUCUCGGAUCGUCCUGCUAAGCGUGGUCGUGGUGGAGGCAAUGGAGGACUUUCGCGUCAGAGCCGGGAUAAAAAGUUUGGAUUUGGUGGUGGAGGUCGGCGGUCAAAACAAAAUACCCGAGAGUCAACGGACAACUUUGAGUCUGGGCCUCGAAAAGGGUCUUUUAGAGGAAGUGCAGGAGGGGGCAGAGGCGGUGGCAGAGGCGGUGGCAGAGGCGGCAGAGGCGGUGGAAGCAGUCGCGGACGCCAUAGUUCAAAGAGACUUGGUAAAUCCAGACGGAUUACUGCUCGCAGUAAGACAUGAUAGCACAUCUGGAUGUGAUGCAAAAUGAUCGUAUUUUGCCUCAGCAUUGCAUAACUGAACUGAAAAAAAUACUGUUUUACAGAGGCUACGAAUGAGCUGUAUGACGCUAUAUAUAAUAAAUAUUACAAGAUCAUUAUUUAUGCCCACCUAAUGUAUAAC